CACUCAUGUGUAUCCCAAGUAGCUGCAGAGUGGUGUGUGCGGACCUAGAGCAUCCUGGUGGGUGAAUGCGGGGGGGGGGGGGGGGGGCAAGGGAGCAAAGUUUGUGUCCCCUACAGGCCAUGUGCAGAAUCCCACUCAGAACUUGCCACUGUUCACUGAGUCUCAGGACCCAUGUCAAGACCCAGUGCCUUAGUGCAGACUGCAACCCUGUUUCCACACCUCUCUUUGGGGAGCUCAUGCCUCCACACCCACACACAUGGGAGAAAUGCUCCAUCAUAGCUUCUGUGGGAAAACAAACAAACAAACCAGAAAUCAGUCUUUUGGAAGCAGUUGAAACCCUCCUAUUUCAGAAGGUGACACCUUUUACUCUCGGAUAUGUGUGUGUGUGUGGGGGGGGGUGUUGACUGCAUUUCCUUUUUAUUUAUUUACUUAUUGAAUAGAGACAGAGAAUUUGAGAGGGAAGGAGAAGAAGGGGGGCAACAAACUGCAGGACUGCUUCAACAGUUGCACAGCUUUCCUCCAGCAGGAGGAGCAGGGACAUGAACCCAGGCCCUUGUGUGUGCUUACGUGUGUACUCAACGAGGUGUGUCACCCCCAAGCCCAAGAUUGACCGCAUUUUCUUUUUGUUAUCUGGUGGUUGUGACUGAGAACAUGGAGAGCACAAGUGACAGUACACUGACCCCACAUUGUCCAGGGGGAACACAGGUCCCUGCCCACCCCACAUGGACCCUGUCUCUUCUUCAGGCCCAGCUUACUAUACACAAGUUGGCACCCCAAUGAGAUGUUGAAUUUUAGAAGAAAAGUGCUGCUAGUGGUUUUGCUUGCUUUAUCCUUCAUGCUUCUUAAGCGCUAUUUCAGGAAUCCAGCAGAACUCCGGCUAUCAGACUGGUUUAAUCCCAGAAAACGCACUGAUGUUAUCACAAUGACUGACUGGCUUGCUCCAGUCAUCUGGGAAGGCACCUUCAGUCGAGAGGCCCUGAGGAAGCACUACCACACACAGAACCUCACCGUGGGCCUGGCCGUCCUUGCUGUGGGAAGGAUUGCAGACAAGUACCUGGAGAUGUUCUUGCAGUCAGCGAAUAGGCACUUCAUGGCGGGCUACCGCGUCAUCAUCUAUGUCAUGACUGAAUCCCACCGUAUGGCACCAGGAACCAACGUCAAAGCUGCCCGCAGCUUCCAGGUGUUCACCAUCCCCGAUGACAUCUGGUGGCAUGACCCUGACAUUGUGCGCAUGAAGACCCUGGGCAAGCACAUCGUGGAACACAUCCAGCACGAGGUGGACUUCCUCUUCAGCAUGACCGCCAGCCAGAUCUUCCAAAACGACUUUGGGGUGGAGGCUCUGGGCCUGCGGGUGGCUCAACUCCAUGCCUGGUGGUAUUUUAAGGAUGCAAAGGACUUCCCAUAUGAGAGGCGGCCCACAUCCACUGCCUGCAUCCCCUUUGGACAAGGUGACUUCUAUUAUGAUGGUGCACUGGUGGGCGGCACGCCCCUGGAGUUCCUGGACCUCAUAGACGUAUACCUGAACGGAGUGGCUAAUGAUUUCCAAAAGGGUCUCAACAGCUCCUAUGAGAGCCACCUCAACAAGUACUUUCUCCUCAAUAAGCCCACCAAGCUGCUUUCCCCGGAGUAUAACUGGGAUUCCUCCUUCUUCCCCCCUCCGCAAGUCCAGUAUAUUAAGGUAGCCCAACAUUCUAGAAGGAGGGUAUGAUCAUUCCUAUCACAGCAAUGGAGUGGUGGGGUGUGGGGGGGUGUCAAUUCCUGGCAGUUCAGGGCACUUUAACUGUUUCCUGGUGUUAGAGACCUAAAGGGUAUACCCACCCACAAGAAAGAUGUUUUCCUUCCUUGCAAUUUUGAGGCACCCACUUUCACCAGUGAAGGACCAAAAAUAAUAAAAGGUAUUUAAUGCUUAA